AUGUCCAUCACCGCAGUCAGCAGCAGCAGUCGCGGCUCGGCCGGCUCUGAAGAGGUCGAGGUGUCGGGCCGUGGGCGCGGCAUUCGCACCAUCGACCUCCCCGCCGUCUUCACCACACCCAAAGAGUGCGAGAUGCUUUCGGCCAUCACGGCAUUUGAUCUCUCACGCAACGAGCUGGAGGAGCUGACGCAGCUGCAGCCCCUGCGCUCCCUUGUGCGACUCAACGCGAGUUACAACCACAUCUGGCGCUUCGAUGGUCUGCCGCUGCGACUGACGCAGCUGAACCUCGCGCACAACAAGCUGGAGCACCUGGACUACGUCGGGCAGCUUCUGCACCUCCGCGAGCUCGACGUCAGCUUCAAUCGGUUGACCAGCCUGGCCGGACUCACGCCACGGGUUCCGCUGGAGGUGUUGAAGGCAGAAGACAAUCGAAUAGAGCGGACGCUUGGGUUGGAGGGGGUGCAGACGCUGCGGCUGCUCUCUCUGAGCAAUAACUACAUCGAGGACGCGGACGAACUUUUAUUUCUGCCGACCACACCGUCGUUGCAGCUGCUGAGUCUGACCGGCAAUCCGGUAACGCGCGUGCGGCGCUAUCGCACGACGGUUGCACAGCUUCAAUCAGCCGUCGUGUCGCUGGAUGGCGCGCCUCUUGUGCGAGAGGACGACGAGGACGAGGGGAAGUACGGAGCCGGCCGGCGAGGAGAUCGCUCUCUGCUCGAGACGGGGAGCAACGCACGCCCGCACGAGACGCAGCAGCGGCGGCAACAGCAAGGCCAGUCGGUACACCAAGAUGCGGAGAGCUCCUCGUUUGAUCGAUGGAAGGAAUCGUCGGCUCAUCAACGCCCGUGGGGUGCUUCCAUCGGGCACCGGGCCGCCACAAGCACCUGCACGUCAGAGAACGCGCGUCUCGACGAGUCGGGUUUGACGCCGCGUGUGGAGCCGCCGCGACCCGUCGCACGCGUCAACGCACCAGCAGCGGCCGCCACCACGACCACCGCAGCGAGCGCAUCUUUCAAAUCUCCAGCGAAGCUACUUGCCGCCGCCGCCGCGGUGCGGCGUGACGCGGCCCGUGGUCCUAAGCGGACACCACAGACAUCGACAUCCGCAAAACAACGAGUCGGCGCCUCGCCAUUCACACCCACGGGGAGGAGCAAUCCAAUGACACAGCAAAACCAGGAACAGCGGCAAGAUGGAGAAGAGAGAUCAGCUUCUCGACGGGCGGCGGCCACAGCUGUGGCCGCCGCUCCCGUAUCACCGCCUGCCGCACGGGCACGUCAAGACCAGCCGGAGCUUUCCCCGCCCUCUGCGGAGUGUGUGGGCAGACUCCAAGAACCGCAGAUGGCUGACCGGGAUGCCGACGACCUCAGCGCAGAGGUCGAGGCGAAUUCGACUACGCCUGCCAAUGCCGGCUCGGAGCAACGCGCCACACACACAGUCAGCAGCGGCGGCGGUUACGCGUCGCUUUACGCCACACCGGCUGCGCAGCAUAGCGCCAACACGCACAGCCUCAGCAACAGCAACGGUGGUGGCAGCCGCCUUGGCCGCUUCCCUGUGCCGUCCCCGGCGUCUCUUCAGCGCUCCGCCGUCUCGCAGGAGCUUGACUCCACCACCGCCCAACUGCACGACAGCCUCGUCGCAAAGGAGCAGCUGCACAAGGAGUGCCAGGCCCUCCGCCACAAAGUAAAACACAUGGAGGGGCAGCUGGGUGACGCACGCAGAGUCAUCUCCCAGCAGCUGGCGGAGCUCUCGCAGCUGCGGCUGGAGCGCGACGCACUGCGACAGAGCGAAGCGGAUGUGUUGGAGCGGCUGGAGAAGGAGAAGCGUGCGGCAAGGGCGCGGGCGGGGCACCAGGCGGAGGAGGUUCAAACACUGCAGACGCAGUACGAGCGGAUGAAGACGUUCUACGAGGCGCAGUUGGCGGACACCCGCCGCGAGCUAUCAGGUGAGCGUGCCCGCCUGCUACGCCGCGCCAAGAGCGCCAGCAGUGACAAGGAUGAUGCACCGCAGGACGGGAAAGCGAACGAAAGGGAGAGGAAAGACGAAGCUGCUCCGAUGGGGGUGGAGCGGCGAUGGAAAGCUGGCAGCGCAGCCCGUCCUGCGCGUGCGUCUCCCCAGUCAAAAGCCGCGGCGCCGUCGUCUCAGGGAGCGUCCGCACCACCGGUGCGACCACGCGCAUCAGACGCCAUUGUGCAUCGCGAGGACGAUGUCGUCGCAGCCGCCGCGGUGGAAAACGAUGGCGCUUCUAUCCCGUACUGGCCGCCUUCUGCACCGGCUGACGACGUCGCCCGUCAGCUCACCUCCUGGCUGUACAGCAGCCUCACCGCAGCGAACAACACAAGUACCGACAGCAAUGCAGAAGUGGAUCAGCAGCAGCAUGCGGCUGCUGAGCGGAGCGUGCAGUACUGGAAGAAAACGCUGGCGUCACAACAUCCGCCGCCCUCCUCCUUGCAACAGUCAGCGGAAGAAGGUGGAGGCACAUCCGAUGCCGCCGCUGCUGCGGUGGUGGCGCGAAAGCUCCUUGAGAACUUCGUCGCGAGUCACCUCAGCCGCUCUGCGGUCCCUGCGGAGGCAGAUCCGCUGAUGCGUCCGGAAACCAACGAAACGACGAGCAGCACCGGGGCGCCGGUGUCUGUGCCGGUGCCAGCGGAGUCCGUCCAGUCUCCUCCGGCAUUGCCCUCCUCUUCGCGCUCUGCACCUCCAGGAGCCACCGCCGCCGCAGCCGCCGCCGCAGCAGCAGCAGCAGCGGUGUCCGCGCGUGAGGCGGCGGCGUUGAAAACGUGCAGCCUACAGGACAGCGAUGCAGCCGUUGCCGUGCCGCACGCAGCUGCGCCCGAUGUGACGUCCGCAGCGUCAGCGGGUUCUGUUCCUUCACUUCCCACGCCGGUCGGUCCCGCGCCGCAUCAACAACAACAGCUGCUGCCUCCCCCCUCCCCACCGCCGCCGCCGCCGGCGCCCGCAACACAACUUACAUCCGCCGUGGCAAUCGAUGAAGGUGCGACGGAGCGGCUGGCGGGGGUGGAGGAGGGCGAAGGUGAUGGCGAGACCGCGAGCAAUGAAGGGAAAGGCGGCACAGAGGAAGACGAUGCGGGAGACACGGUAAUGCUGUCUGCACCACCUGAGCUAGCCCACGCAGCAACGAGCACGACGUCAACAGCCGCCGCUACGCGAGAUCAGCGUGUGCAUGCGGCGAAGGAGCUGCUGAGAGAUAUGGAAUUUAUGUUUGAAGACGCGUCAUAA